AUGAACGACAAUAAGUAGAAAGAUCUUGAGAGUCCAAUUUUCUCAGUUGUGUGUUUUCCUGAUUCUGUUUUAGUGAGUUUAGGAGGAGGAGGAAAGAAAUACGGGUUGGUUAAUAGUUUACAAUUAUUUCCGAAACCUAUAUAUGGAAUAUUGAAGGAUCCCAUUCAUACUUUACAAUUAGGAGACGAGAUAUUCUAAAGAUUAAGACUAAACACGAAAACAGGAUUAAUUGUGGGAAAUAGCGAUGAUUAAUGUGUGAUAUUGAAAGUUUAAGAUAACAAGAUCUCAAUAGUAACUAAGUUUUAGACUGACAGGGCAGCAAUAGAACCUUGUUAGAAUGACGGUGUCUUCAAUUAUUAGGGGGAUACUUUGGCCACAGGAGGAGAAGAUGGAAUUUUGAAGGUUUGGAGUAAGGAUUAUCAAUUGAAAUACACAGUGGAUAUGAAAGGGAAAAUUUAAUCAUUAGAUUAUCAUGUAGCAAAUGGAAUGUUAAUAGUGGCCACUGACAAUGAAGAAUGCAAGAUAUUAAAGGAUAGCCACGUGUUGCAUAAAUUAGAUAUUUCAUAAAACAACAUCCAUAAAUUGCAAUUUAUAUCAGCUCUAUUCUCAUUAGAUGGCACUACUAUAUUCACAUUCAAGAAUCCAAUGAGAGGAGCUUCCUAUAUGACAAGUUGGAGAAUUGAAAAUGACAACAUUAAACCAUUAAAAACAAUAAAGAUUCAUGGACAUCCAGUAGUCAGUACUUGUUAAUCAAAGGAAGGCAUGUUCAUUGGUAUUGGAUGUUCAGAUGGAACUGUAAAAAUAAUAAAUGCAAGAAAAUUGGAUAUUGAAUCUAGUAAGUAGAUCCAUGAACUUCCCUGUACUGCCUUAUGUUUUACUCCAGAUUCUAGAUUCAUUAUAUCGGGAUCGGUGGAUGCCAAAUACCAUUUUCUCUAAAAUACUAGACCUUAAGGAAUUUUUUCUUUACUUUCUAAAUUCUGGCUGUUGGGUAUGUUGUUGGCAUACUUGUUUAUUGUAAUAAAGGAUUUAUUUGAAUGA